AUGCAGCACGCUAAAAUCUUUUUCGUCAUUGCUAGUGUCAAAUUUCUCAUGAUCCUCAGUAUUCACAACUACACACAGAUGAGCAAGACGUGUAAGCUUCGAACUGUAGCCAGAAAAACUGUGAUGGAGUUUGAGGGAGUUGAAGACUUCAUAGUUCCAUUUGUCAACUACACCAAACGAUUCAUGGUAGCCCCUGACAAGAAGCUCAUCUCGUGUACACUCCGGAAAUCUAUGUCACAGCUAGCAGAGAACAUAAUGUGCCUGUUGUAUGACGAGCAGCAGUAUUUUGCAAACAGCCAGAGUCUGAACGACACGUGGAAGGAUGAGAGAAAAUGCGAACAUGACCGCUCCUACCUCAAUCCCUCUGAAACCCUUCUGAACGAUACCGACACGGUGAGAUUUGCAUUCAUUCGGGACCCAUUCCAACGAUUCAUCUCCUUCUACCUGGAUAAAUGUGUGCGAGAACAAAAAUGUUACAACUGCGGAAACAAUAUGACUUGUGUGCUUAAAAAUUUCUACUGGGGCUUGAAGAAGGUUCAGCGGCGAUGGGAUGGAAGAGAGCAACCGGAGUAUGUGGAGAUUCAUGCGGCACCGCUUUCAUGGAAUUGUGACUUCUACAAGGACCUCUCAAAAUGGCAACUGAUACCUAUUGGAUCUGAUAAAACCGAAAGAAGCUCCGCGAUCACUCAAACGGAAAAGAUUUUAAGAAAACAGCGAGUCAAUGAGACCCUGGUGGAUAUGGUUGUGGAUGGGAUGAAGGACGGUGACACCGAUCAUUCCACCUACAAGUCUGCGCAUCGCCUUGAAGCUGAACGGCAAAUACGGGAAGACCCGUAUAUUCGAGAAAUGCUGCAUAAAAUCUACUAUUUCGAUUAUGUAGUGUUCCCAUUUAAUAGAGAUUCGUUGGAUCUGAAGUUUCAAGAUACAUCGUGUACAAUACCUUUACCAUGA